GCUCGGGGGCGGGGGCGGGGUGGGCGCCGGCGGCGCGAUGCUGGGCGCCGUGGAGCUGCUGCUGCUGGGGGCUGCGUGGCUGGCGGGCCCGGCCCGCGGGCAGAACGAGACGGAGCCCAUCGUCCUGGAGGGCAAGUGCCUGGUGGUGUGCGACUCCAACCCCACGUCCGACCCCACGGGCACGGCCCUGGGCAUCUCCGUGCGCUCUGGCAGCGCCAAGGUGGCCUUCUCCGCCAUCCGGAGCACCAACCACGAGCCGUCCGAGAUGAGCAAUCGCACCAUGAUCAUCUACUUCGACCAGGUGCUGGUGAACAUCGGGAACAACUUCGAUUCGGAGCGCAGCACUUUCAUCGCGCCGCGCAAAGGGAUCUACAGUUUUAACUUCCACGUGGUAAAAGUCUACAACAGACAGACCAUCCAGGUGAGCCUCAUGCUGAACGGGUGGCCGGUGAUCUCCGCCUUCGCCGGUGACCAGGACGUGACCCGGGAGGCCGCCAGCAACGGAGUCCUGAUCCAGAUGGAGAAAGGCGACCGAGCCUACCUCAAGCUGGAGCGGGGGAACUUGAUGGGGGGCUGGAAGUACUCGACCUUCUCCGGAUUCCUGGUGUUUCCCCUCUGACCGGCUGGACGCGGGAGAGGAGGCUGGGAGAGGGCGGAGGCAGGAGGGCGCAGGAGCGCACGCGAGGGAGCGGAAAUUAGGCGGGCGAGCGACUGGAAACUUCCUACCCGCUGGGUCCUUAGCCGUAGCGGGUGAAGAGGUGAGCGCCCCGGCCGGACGGAGCCGCCCGCUCCUUAUCUGGAAGCCACCGCGGCUUAGCUGCGCGCGCUCCAUCCCGAGAGUAAACUUGCCUCCCCCGCUCCGGUCGCGGUAACCUGGAAAGAGGCCGCCUUGUCACCGUUUCUCACUCCGCCAGUGUUCAUGCUGCCCGCAAUUUGUUGAAAAGAAACUUUGUAUUUCACCAUAGAAAGUGAAAUCUGUCUCCUUGUUCCCCCUGGAAUCCCUCCACCCUCCUGAAAUCGAAUAUGCCCCCUCCCGCCCGCCCCCUGAUUUUCAGUUAGGUGAGGGGGUAAGUAUUUUAUUUAUUUAUUUUUGGAUGGGGGAGGUAGUUUCAAUUUGGCACGUGUGGCUCUUCUUAAACGUCUCUAGCUGAAGAUACAUUGUAUCCUCUGCUGCUUGUUGGUUGAGAAAGGACUCACCUUAGUGGUGCCUGGUUUAAAAAUUAUAUAUAUAUAUAUAAAUAUAUAUACCAUUUGUACACGAACUCUUCCCGUGGAGACUGGCCGUGCUUCUGUGUUUCCUGUCCUAGUCGGAGGAGUGACGGUGAAACGUAAGGCCGAUAGAUGUUCGGACGCUUGCCCUUGCCCUCCUGCUCUGUGGCUCCGCUCCACGCCCAACGCCCAGGAGCUGCUUACGGAGGCUUCCCUGUCCCCCAACAUAUGUGCGAAUAGCCAAGACUCAAUUUCGCUUUAAUCCAAUAAAGUCAAAGUGAAACUUUUUAUUUUUCUGAAACAGCUUUCUAAACCCCUUCCCCCCCGUCUUCCCCAGGUGCGAGGCUGGGGGCCGGGGUGCAUAAAGUCAGGGUGCAGAGAGCUGCAGGCUUGGGAGAAGGCAGCCAGAGGAAGGCCGGGGCGUGCGGCAUCCUCGCAAAGCCAGCCGGCCCUACGCUCCUCGCCGGCGCCAGGCCUAGGGCCAGCCUUGCCUUCGACUGUACUUCGUGCUUUGGCCUGAACCUAUGACAUUUUGGCCAACAUCUCGCUAGGCCAGCUGUGGCUGCGGCCCUGGGAGCGAAGUUUAGGUUUUUCGCAUUCUAAAUGCAUCAGGAAUAACCCCAUGUUGGGUACCCAAACCAGGCCGUCCUGAGCGGCAGCUUCCCCGUGCCUCUGCCCCUGGAUGUCCCCAGCCCUCAUCCGCUCCGCAGUUCCGAAGCAGCGUGUGCGUGUGCGUGUGCGUGUUUUACCACCCGCCUCUGAAUCCGGAGUCCCGGCGCCCAGGACAUUUAUUCCAGAGGUUCGUCCAGGAGCUUUGAUUGUAUCGGAACAUAAUGUGACAGCAAAAUUGAAAUAAACCACUUCGUUUUAAGUCCGGAA